UGAACGGGUGCUCUAGCAGGUUUGAUAGUUCUCGCCUUUCACUCGCAGUCUCGUUCGACAGCCGAUCGAUUUCACAACUCCCACAGUGCUAUCGACCCCCUGCGAACUAGCAGUUAUCGCAAACGACGUCAGCUGUUUGUCCGGACGUAGCGCGUCAUCAUCGCAUACGCACAAGCCCCCUGCAGCGAGAGAUUCCUCCGUCCUCGUCGCCUCGGAAUCUCUUGGCGGCAUGCGGUAGCACAUCGACCUCAGAUUGGCUCAGAUCAGCGUGUGAAUCCUACGAAGCAACAGUAACAAUGUUCUCCUGGAGGAAUGUCUUCUCCGUCGUCUCGCAGAAGUUUGGGAGAAAGCUGCAUUUGUCAAAAGUCCGGCAAGAGGCUGUAAUCAUAGACGGGACGAAAAUUGCAGAACAAAUUCAAGAAGAAUUAAAGGUAGUUAUAGAUACUUGUACAAAAGCUGGAAAGAAAAGGCCAAAGCUGGUGGCGAUAUUAGUGGGAAAUCAUCCAUCCAGCAAAGCGUAUGUUGGUAGAAAAAUGAAAGCAGCAAAGUCGAUAGGAAUUGAAAGUUAUACUAUUCAUUUGGGAGAAAAUAUAACGCAAGUAGAGCUUCUUAAGGAAAUUGACAAUCUUAACAGAGAUCCAUCUGUUGAUGGUGUUCUGGUACAAUUGCCGCUGCCGAAAAGCAUAAAUGAGAGAGAAGUAUGUCAAGCAAUAAUUCCAAAAAAGGACGUGGACGGCUUUCACUUGGAAAACCUUGGUAAUCUGACACUGGACAACAACAGUAUUGUACCAGCCACUGCCUUAGCUGUUAAGGAAUUAGUACUUAGAAGCAAAAUCGAGACUUUCGGAAAGAACGCCGUAGUUGUGGGUAGAUCAAAACAUGUCGGAUUGCCUAUCGCACUGUUACUUCACGCCGAUGGCAAAGGCGAAACGGGUGCGAUGGACAUGACAACGACAAUUUGCCAUCGUCACACACCUCACACGGAGCUAGAAAAGUAUACGAAGCUGGCGGAUCUGAUCAUAGUCGCGGCCGGGGUUCCCGGCUUGAUUACUAAAGAGAUGAUAAAACCAGGCGCUUGCAUAAUUGAUGUGGGUAUCACCAGGGUGAAGACGGCAGAUGGCAAGUAUCGUCUGGUGGGAGAUGUGGAUUACGACGGCGUGAAGGAUGUCGCCGGAUAUAUCACUCCAGUUCCCGGCGGCGUAGGUCCCAUGACGGUGGCAAUGCUGAUGAAAAAUACAGUCAAGGCUGCUAUGAGUGAUCAAGAAGACACGAAGCAGUCCGAUCAUUUAGAAGAUAGCAAAGCAUUUAUAUAUUGACACGUAGCAAUAGAUUAUUUAAUUUAGGAG